GUGGCCCUCUUCAAGAAGGAGGUGGAGGAGUCCGAGGACCUGCGCCUCAGCACGGACGUGCUCAAGGUCUGCGGGACGGCGAUCUCGGCGGAGUGCAGCGACAUCCCGUUCGGCGAGGCCAGGAUGCUGAUGUGCCUGUGGGACAAGGUCGUCGCCGCCAAGCGCGAGGAACACGAAGAGUGUGCGGGCAAGGUGACCGACCUCAUCGGCAGACAGGUGAGUCACUAUCAGCUGGACUUCCGGGUGCGCACCAGGUGCGCUGACGACAUCGGGAGGCAUUGCGCAGCGGAGAAGGAUCGCUGGUGGACAGCCUUCCCAUCGACAAGCUCUUCGGCAAAGAGGGCCAGGGCGGUAAGGUCCUCAAGUGCCUGA